UGUCAGUGAACAUGUCUAUCCAAAAUUUUUGAUCUUCACACAGAAACAGAUCUAGAAUUUGCAACCGCUAUGAUAAUAUGCAUCAAAAAACGAACUAGAAAUUUAAAAAUUUGAAAAUUCUUCCAGUCUUGUAGUCUUCUCAGCGUGUUUGCUGUGUUCAUUCUAACUUGCACGAAUUAUGUUUCAGAACAGCUAGUAGUGAAACAGAAUGUGUGAAAAAUCCUGCGUUGCCUUUUGUAAACAAUUAACCCUUGAGGACGUAGAAAAAACAGCAAACUUCUUAAAAUCAAAAGUUGACAUUCAACCUCGCAUUGGCAUUAUUUGUGGAACUGGUCUAGCUGGCAUCACCUCCCUUCUCAAUAAUCCAGAAGUCAUCCCUUACGCAAAUAUUCCGUACUUCCCCAUUGCCACCGUCGCCGGCCACGGCAACAAGCUCAUUUUCGGCUACCUCGGCCCCACCCCCGUGGUUUGCAUGCAAGGCCGCUUCCACUUUUUCGAAGGCUACCCCCUCUGGCAAGUCGUCUUUCCCGUCCGAGUGAUGAAACUCCUCGGGAUCUCCACGCUCGUGCUCACCAACGGCGCCGGAAGCAUCAACAACUCCUACGCCGUCGGCGACAUCAUGUUCAUCAAGGAUCACAUCAACCUGGUGAACUUCGGAGGCAUGAACCCCCUUCAAGGGUACAACGACGAGAGCUUCGGCCAGAGGUUCGUCCCCAUGAACGAAGUGUACGACCUCAAUAUUCUCAAGAUAGCCAAAACCACCGCCAAAGAGCUCAGAAUGAAGGGGAUACAGGAGGGGGUGUACGCCUGCGUGGGAGGACCGAGCUUCGAGACGGUGGCAGAAGCGAAGGCGCUUAAAGUGUUGGGGGCCGAUGUGGUGGGGACGUCGACGGUCCACGAAGUCAUCGCGGCCAAACACUGCGGGCUCAAGUGCUUUGCUUUUAGUUUGAUCACGACGAAGUGCCCCAUGGACUAUGGGGGGAAGAAUACGAUCAUGCACGAGGAUAUUUUGGCGGUGGGGAAGAGCAGGGAGGCGGAAGUGCUCAGGUUUAUGCAGAGGUUGUUUGCCAAUUUGGCGCAACAGAAUGCUGCGUAGAUUUUGUGUAUUUGGGAGAGAUAAUAAAAUGAUAACUGAAGAGUUUUUUACUGGUUCUAGAUUUUUAACUUGAGAUGUGCAGUUUUCGGACUAAAAUCAUAACUGACAACAAAACUUUUCAUUUCUGGGGUCAACUGACGUGCAUUUAUAUUCAAGAUGUCAAAAUCAGUGGUGGAAAAUAUACUGACCAUUUCAUAUGCAAGCGACACCCGUAAAUUAUUAAUUUUUUCGAUUGACUGGUUG